AUGCCUUCCUCUUCAAGCAUUCUGGCCCUGGCUACCGCCAUCACCGGUGCCACCGCCGCCUUCACCGGCUUCAACUAUGAGAGCAAGGGCAAGGACCAGGCCGGAUUCGAGGCCGAGUUCAAGAACGCCCAGGGCCUCGACGGCACCAACGGCAUCUUCAACUCUGCUCGCCUCUACACCAUGAUCCAGGACGGCACCGUCAGCGACCCCAUCACCGCCAUCCCCGCCGCCAUCAGCACCAAGACCAGCCUUCUCUUCGGCCUCUGGGCCUCGGCCGGCCAGGCCCAGUUCGACAAUGAAAUCUCGGCCCUCAAGAAGACGGCCCAACAGUACUGCGACAAGCUCGACGGCCUCGUCGCCGGCAUCUCGGUUGGCUCCGAGGACCUCUACCGCGACUCCCCCAUCGGCCAGGCCGCCGGUGAGAACCCCGGUGCCGGCCCCUCGGUCCUCGCCAACUACGUCCAGCAGACCCGCGAUGCUAUCAAAGGUACCUGCCUCGAAAAGGCCCCCAUUGGCCACGUCGAUACCUGGACCGCCUAUGCCAACUCGACCAACCGUGCCCUCAGCGACAAGCUCGACUGGGUCGGCAUGGACGCCUACCCCUACUACGAGAACCAGAAGGACAACGGCAUUGAGAACGCUGAGAAGCUCUUCCAGGCCGCCAUCGACAACACCAACACUGGCACUGGUGGCAAGCCCCUCUGGAUUACCGAGACUGGCUGGCCCGUCAGCGGCAAGUCGGAGAACAAGGCCCAGGCCAGCGUUGACAACGCCAAGACCUUCUGGCGCGAUGCUGGCUGCCCUCGCUUCGGCAAGGUCAACACCUUCUGGUUCAUUAUGCAGGAUGGCGGCCCUAGCCAGUCUGACAAGCCCAGCUUCGGCAUCGUCGGCGGCAGCACCCUGAGCACCAAGCCUCUAUUCGACCUCUCCUGCGACGGCUACACCAACGGCGGCUCCGGCUCCGGCUCCUCCAGCUCUUCUUCCAGCUCCAGCCAGCAGUCCAGCACCUCGGCCAGCGGCAGCCAGAGCGACACCACGGCCACGGCCACCGCCACUUCUCAGCAGUCCUCGGGCGCCUCUACCGUCUCGGAUGCUUCCUCUACCCUGAGCACCUCCGCUGCUGGUUCCGGCUCCAGCUCCAGCUCCGGCUCCGGCUCCGGCUCCGUCCCUGUCCCCGUCGGCACCGGCGGCCUUGUGCCCUCGCACGUCCAGCCCUCUGGCACUGGCACCGGCGCUGGCACCGGCGUCGUGCCCAGCCGCACCCCUACGUCGCCUUCUGGCUCCAGCACUCCCACUCCCAUCGGUAGCAACGCUGCUGCUGGCCUCAACUCUGUUGCCGCCGCCGUCGCUGCCAUCUUCGUGGCCGUUGCCGCCUUUUAA